ACUUCCAUCUCCAGAGUAGCGGUACUUUGAAUUUUCAGGUCAAUCAAAAUGGAUGAAGAUCAGUAUGGCACCUGUCCCUACGACAAGAGCCAUCGUAUUGUGCUGUUUAGGAUGCCCGGCCAUAUUAUUAAGUGUAUGCGCAAUUACAGGGGUCCUCCGCUGGCAAUUUGUAAAUAUAAUGCAACUCAUCGUUUACCGAAGGAGCAAAUGGAUGAACAUUUGGCCGAAUGCGUCGAUUAUCUAAAGUUUCACAACCAUAAAAAUCUGAAAAUUGGACUAAAGUCUCGACAGUCUCCUCCUACUGAAUGAUGUCAGAUAUUGUCAAGAUUCGACAUUAUCAUUUAAUGUAUGAAUAAAAUACAACAUUGUUAUCAUUUGAA